AUGGUUGAAGAUCAGCGUCUCUGUAAUGAAUCACUAGAGCUGCAUAGACAAACUGUGACCUAUUAUGCAUUAAGUGUUUUUGUUGUGUCUUUGUCACUUCUAAUCAUAUGUGGAAAUCUUCUUGUAAUCAUCUCUGUAAUUUACUUCAAGCAGCUCCACACUCCAACAAACUACCUUAUCCUCUCUCUGGCUGUGACUGACCUGCUAGUUGGGGCUUUAGUUUUGCCUUUCAGUGCAAUAUUGUCUGUGAGGUCAUGCUGGUAUUCAAGUUAUUUACUCUGUAAAAUGCGAGGCUUUUUCGAUAUGUUACUAUGUACAUCAUCCAUUUUAAACUUGUGCUUUAUCUCUGUUGACAGAUAUUAUGCAGUGUGUCAUCCUCUAACGCAUAGAAGUAAAAUAAAUGUUCAUGUUGCUCUGACAAUGAUCCUGGUGAGCUGGGCUAUUCCUGCUCUACUUGUGAUUGUCAUCACAGUUCAUGGGAUAGGUAAAGAUAAUCCUAGCUGGAGGUGUAGGAUAUUUCUAGGUACAAAGGAAUCCACAACUGGAUCUAUUUUUGCGUUUUAUAUUCCAGCCUUUAUAAUUUUAACUAUCUAUCUAAAGAUUCUGGUGGUGGCAAAGAAGCAGGCACGCCGCAUCCAGAACACUAUGAAGUCUGGUGCAACUGUCAGUCAGAUGGACAAAAAGGCGAACAUAACGCUGGCUAUAAUAAUGGGAGUCUUCCUCAUGUGUUGGACUCCUUUUUUUCUGUCUAUUGGUUUUUACAGAAUGGAAAUAUUCACAGUACCAGAUAUAAUAAUUGAAUCAUUUAAAUGGCUUGGAUGGUCUAAUUCUAUGUUAAAUCCACUGGUUUAUGCUUUCUUUUACAGGUGGUUCAGACGGGCUUUUAAAAUGAUCAUUCAUGGGAAAAUAUUUGAAGGAGAUUUUUCCAAUACAAAUCUGUUGUGA